GGCGGUGAGGCUGUGAACGGGCGCGAGACUUACACGAACAGUCUGGGCUUUGUAUCAGCAGUUCGUCCUUCACUUUCGCCCUACUAUCUGCCUAGCAAUCACUGAUUGCACUCCGCUACAACUACACCAACAUGUUUACAGGAACAACACCAGAAUCUCUCAUCCCGCGCUCGGAUUCGCGCAACCCGGCUACAACAUGCAAAGGCAUUACUAAAUCGGGGCGACCCUGUAGACGUCCUAUUGACGCAAAAGCAUCUAAUGAUGACGGCGUCAUUGCUGUAGUAUCUGUUGUUAGCGACGAUAGCGACGAUGACGAGAUUGGCGCCGCCGCCUACUUCUGCUGGCAGCACAAAGACCAAGCCGAGCACUUAGCUGCGCAAGCAUCGAGUGGACCGGCUACCCAGCUUUACCCGCUGAAAGAGAGGAACAGUAUCGACACGCUCGUGGAACGACUUGGUGUCCUUGAUUUCGGAGAACCGGAUGAAGCUGCGCCCAAGAAGAAUGGGAGGAGAAGAACAUCUGGAUCUCGUCCGCCGCGGCGCAUCAAUCGACCAGCUACCUGGGAUAACGUAGAAGGGCCGUUGAUGUCUGUACCGAGCGAUGUCAUGGCAGCAAGGAAGCGCAGAGACCAUCGGCCGCCGAAGCCACCGCCACAAAGGAAAAAGCAGAGUUUUUGGGCUUCAUUAUGCUGUGGGUCUGCGGACGACGACGAAUACACAGAGGUCGUGCGACACAAGAGAAGGACAGACGAAAAGCCCGUAUCGGAGGAUGAUGCACAAGAGACGCCCAUGCAGCAGGUACCACAGCAACCGCCUCGAGUACGACAAGACCACCGAAGGCCGAGCGGACAGACUUCGAGACCUUCAUCUUCCUCGCGGCCACCUCCGACAUCUCGACCGCCAAGUGACCAGCCUGCCCGUAAACCAUUAGGAGAAAAGCCCGCUCGACCUGUCAAUCGAACAACUCGCGAAGAGUCAGAAACAGCCAAGUUACUUCGCUACAUCCCAAACACAGUACCACCACAACUCGCCUCAACCCUGCUCGCCCAACUCUCGAAGCCCAUAUCACCCCACGAUGAAGAAGGCUACAUUUAUAUCUUCUGGCUCACCCCCGAAGCUGCCGGCCCUGCACCAUCCUCCACUGCGUCGACGCUUCUCUCACCACCAUCACGUACAGAUCAAAGCAGGCGAACUUCAGAUGUCAUGCGCCAAUUCUCCGUCAAAGGCGGACAGCCCAACACCACCCGCUCAAGGUCCGGAUCCGCAAACUCCCCACCAGACAAAGACACCAUCCUCCUCAAAAUCGGGCGCGCAAACAACGUCCACCGCCGUAUGAACGAAUGGACUCGCCAGUGCGGAUACAGUCUAUCACUCGUACGGUACUAUCCCUACGUUCCUUCUUCCACGCCCUCUCCCCAGCCCUCGCCUGCACAAUCUCGGCGCCAAUCAGGUGCGAAUGCCGGGACUGCCUCUGAUGGCGUGCGGAAAGUGCCGCAUGCGCAUCGUGUGGAGCGCCUGAUCCAUCUCGAGCUUGCAGACCAGCGCGUAAUCAAGCAGUGCGAUGCUUGUGGCAAGUCGCACAAAGAGUGGUUUGAAGUUGAGGCUACGAAGGAAGGGGUUAAGAAGGUGGAUGAGGUUGUUAAACGGUGGGUUGAGUGGGCUGAGAAUAACAAUGAGGAUGAGCUGGGCAUCAUUAGAGGGUUGGGCCGCUGAACAAUGAUUACCAGGCCCAACUAGACGUAAACUAUUAGAUUACUGUGAGGUAUAGAUGGUAAAGCAGCUACGUUGCACAUGGGUGUGUAUCCCAGACGCUUCCUCGAGAACAACUUUGGUCAGAAUUGACAUCACCAACAGCAUUGCGUGAUUGUGUAGAAUGAGGAAAAUUUCAUUGGGGAAUUGGGUAUCUUGUGUAGCUAUCGCAGCAAUCAAACAAUCAGGAGCAACAAACGCUCAUCUUCUUCGCUAAACUUCCCGAUAUCCGCG